AUGCAGGACGACGCAAUGCUCAGCAACGCAGGCCUCCACGUAAUAACACCACGCCAAGUCGUCAAUCUGGACUUUGAAGCCCGCGUCCCCGUGCCCUUUAGCAUCUUCCCGUCGACGUACAAGAACGGCGAGUCCCAGACACAGACCGAGACUCACCAGCAGGUUGACAUCAACCUUCCUCCUCAGCAGCAACACGCCGGACGGGAAGGCCAGCACAACACUUACUCUUCCGAGGAGCAGAUCCGCAUUACUCGCGAAGAAGACUCCCGCCGCCGUCCCGGUUUCCAGCACACCGAGACUACCUACGUCGAGCAAGACUGCUACCCCGGUCGCAACGACUUCAGAGACACUCGUGUAGAGGUUGACGCCCGUCAGUACCCCUACGACAACGCCAUCGACAUCGCCGAGCGCGAGUACCGUCAGCGUUUCCAGUCCGCCAACCAGCAGGACUACGCCGAGCCCCGCUACAACCAGCCCCAGGACAGCGUCUGCGUCGAGCAGUUCACCACCGAGGACCACCGCGCCCCCUACACCUCCACCCAGCACAACAUCCGCGUCUCCGAGACCGUUGAGCAGCCUUCCAAGAAGAUGGGUUACUACGACGACGACGGCCACUACCACUCCUUCCGCCAGGGCCUCCACAACCUGGCGGACCGCAUUGUCCACCCUCACCGGGAGCACAUUGACGUCGAGAUCCGCGAGAGCCACGGCCCUGCCCCAGCUCCCCGCCGCGAGAGCAAUGGCGAGCGCCGCCUCCCUAACACCGUCAGCAUCCCCUGCCACCACAUCCGCAUUGGCGACUUUGUCAUGCUCCAAGGCCGUGCCUGCCAGGUCAUCCGCAUCUCCACCUCGGCUGCUACGGGUCAGUACCGCUACCUCGGUGUCGACCUCUUCACCCGCCAGCUGCACGAGGAGUCGUCGUUUGUCUCCAACCCCGCCCCUAGCGUCGUUGUCCAGACCAUGCUCGGUCCCGUCUUCAAGCAGUACCGCGUUUUGGACAUGCAGGACGGCCAUGUCGUUGCCAUGACUGAGUCGGGCGACGUCAAGCAGCGUCUGCCUGUCGUGGACCAGUCCAACCUCUGGGCUCGUCUGCGCAACGCCUUUGAGUCUGGCCGCGGCUCCGUUCGCGCCCUUGUCCUUAGCGAUAACGGCCGCGAGCUCGCUGUCGACAUGAAGGUCAUUCACGGCUCUCGCCUGUAA